GAAAUGUGACUCGUGUAGUUGGACGUCAUCCUGUGGGUCUCAGGCCGCGGACGGUGUCGGUAGCAGCGGUUAACAUUCGAUCACAUCUCCAUGAUUCGGUCGAUUAAAAGAUCGAGUCGUUGAUUAUCGGUCGCUUCUUCUUCUCGGUUUCCCGCGCUGGUUUCAAGAUGGCGGCUGUUCCAGCGGAUUGCGGUUUCUGCAGCCUGGAGCCUUGAAACAAAACAGGUCAGUUGAAUCAUGUAAACAGGAAACCGUCUGUGAGUCAAACAGGAAGUAGCUACAAGAACCGUGACCGUCAGUUACUCGUGUCCGAGGGGUCGGGGGGUGGCGGCGGUGGCGUCCUGGUGGAGGUGUAGGCCGAUGGAGAGCGACUGUCGGAUCCCCGUGGCGUGUUGUCGUCCCCGAGUCCUCGUCCUCCACGCUCUGUUUUGGGGCCUCGUUUCCCUCAGGGUGUUCGGAGCGGCGCUGCUGAGUGAAGAGAAAACCACAGCGGGGAAGCCUGCAGUCGCCCCCUGCUGGCUGCUGGAGGAGUUUGUCGUGACCACGGUGUGCUCUGAGUGCAACGCUUUCCAGGCGACGUCGUGGUCGGCCUGCGGAUACACCGGCUACGUGGAGAGAGUCAACUGCACCAAGUCCAACCGAGACGAGUACAAGAGCUGUCGCUCAGCCGUGAUGGAGGAACAUCUCUUCUGGAAGUUCGAGGCGGCCAUGUUGGCUCUAACGGUUCUCUUCUCCAUGGUGGUGGUCGUCCGCCAGCGGUGGCUCGACCGCCUGGCGUCCGAGAAGGUCCGCCGCCAGAUCGAGUCCAUCUAGGAGACCAGAUAGGACCAGGACAUGGAUCUGGACAUGGAUCUGGACCUGGACCAGGACCUGAAAGUAGUUUUUGUACCUGCAAGCAGCAGGUGGAGUUUGGACUGACGACAGACUGAGGUCGACUGGGACUGAAGAAAUCUGCGGAACCGUUUUUAUUUUCAACCUAAACUUUAUUUAACACGAGUUCAGAAACAUGACAGUAGGAGCCGACACGAAGGCGGAAGAGUCUGAGCUCUUUUCUUUAACUUCAUCAGGGUUUAAAUCUUUUCUGAUAAAAUUCACAAGUUAAAUUCUCCAUCAAGACAUAAACCAUCAAUGAAAAAUUAAUCAUGUUUUUUCACAUUCUGGGGCUUCAUGAAAUUAACUUUUACCUCAUUGAAUAUUAAGUAUUUAAAUUCAAAUCUUCGUGGAGAAUUUUUUAACUGUUUGCUUUAAAAUGUAUCGGGUUUUUUUCAAAGUGAAGAAAACAAAAGGAAACUGGACCUGAACCUGAUUGGUUGACCUUACCGCUCCCUGGGAUCUGAUCGUUCUUUUUCUUUCCAGAACCGGCGAAGAUCAGAUUUUAUGAUUUGAAUUCAACGUUUCACUGUAAAUGUUUUAUUUUUCUGGGAUUUAAUAAACUGAACAUGAGCCACAAAAA